CUGUGAUCGGAGGAGAGGAGAGGAGCGGGAUUGGGGGGAAGGGAGGAAUCAUGGUCUCGCCCGGGCUUAACCUGGUGAUGACAGUGAUCGGAUUCGCGGUGAGUAUCAUGUUCAUAGUUUUUGUGUGCACGCGGCUCAUCUGCGCGAGAAUCCACCUUAGGAGAUCGAGAACUUCGCUUCCUGAUGACGCCGCCAGAUCCGAACUUGGCAUUGCCAGUUCAUAUUCUAUACAACGUGGGAUUCAUGGAUUGGAACCGAUUACAGUCUCUAGCUUCCCUACAAAAAAAUUUGGGGAUCUUCCCUUUUCAUGCGGACAAGAAACACAGUGCACAGUGUGUCUUGCUGAUUACCAAGAGAAGGAUGUCUUGCGCAUUCUCCCUUUCUGCGGGCACAAUUUCCAUGUUAUUUGCAUAGAUAUAUGGUUGAAGCAACAUUCGACAUGCCCCGUCUGUAGAAUUUCCUUACGAGACUCUCCUGAUAGUAAACGCACGCUGCAGCCUCUCUACUGCCCUUCCAUGCGACCCUUUUCUCCACCAGAAGCUUUUGUUUCUGAUCCAUGUCGGUCUCAGUUUGCAGAAUCGGGUUUUUCUUCAAGUGCAACCGAGCUCCGGAGAAGCGUACCACCUCAAGACGACUAUUUAGUCUAAUCAGUAACUGUCAUGGAUCCAUCUGCUAGUCUUGUUCUUCGAGUAAACUGAUCCAUGUCAAGCAACAAAGAUACCUCAAGCAUCGAUCAGUUAAUACAGGUGAUUGUGAUUGUCACUCCAUGACAUUUGAUAGCAUUAGGGAUUUAGAAACUAACACCGUACUUUUAACUCUUUAACAGAAUGCUGUUUUUAUUUGGUUGAUGAAUGUAAAAUAGUUUUUGAAGAUUGUAUCAAACAUUCACAA